GUAGCAUUUUUGUGGAGCUCAGUGAUUGGUCAGCAUCUACAUAUAUAUACCUUGCGUCCCGUUUCAAUCUAAAUCAGUGGUUUCUGGGUUUCCUCCUGAUGUUCUUGUUGCUGUUGCCUGUCCUAUUGUUGAAUUGUGUCUUUGGCCACGAAGUGUGGUUCACUGAAACAUUUCCUGAUGCGGAUUCCAUAAACAACUGGGUUGCAUCAACUCACAAUGGUGAUAAACAGGGAGAGUUUAAAAUAGAAGCUGGAACAUCACCAAUUGAUCCAAUUGAAGAUUUGGGUUUAAAAACUACUCAAGAUGCUAGAUUUUAUGGCAUAGCACGAAAACUUGAGAAGCCAUUUAGCAACCGUGACAAAACUCUUGUUGUCCAAUUCAGCGUUAAAUUUGACAAAACUGUCAGUUGUGGUGGAGCUUACAUUAAACUUCUUGGUUCUGAUAUUGAUCCAAAGACUUUCCAUGGAGAAACUCCAUACAAAAUUAUGUUCGGUCCUGAUAUAUGUGGCAUGGCUACCAAGAAAAUUCAUGUCAUUUUCAAUUAUAAAGGCCAAAAUCAUCUCAUUAAGAAAGAAAUUGCUUGCAGAGAUGAUUUGAAGACCCACCUCUACACACUCAUCGUAAAACCUGACAAUACCUACGAGGUGUUGGUCGACAAUGAUAGCGUAGAAAAGGGUUCACUGGAAGACGAUUGGAAUAUGCUUCAACCUAAAAAAAUAGAUGAUCCAAAUGACAAGAAACCAGCUGAUUGGGUUGAUGAUGAAUAUAUCGAUGAUCCAGAGGAUAAGAAACCAGAGGAUUGGGAUCAGCCUAAAAUGAUACCUGAUAUGGAUGUUAAAAAACCCGAGGAUUGGGAUGAUGACAUGGAUGGGGAAUGGCAACGUCCUGAAAAAAAUAAUCCUGAUUAUAAAGGGGAAUGGAGUCCAAGACGUAUUGCUAAUCCAAAAUACAAAGGAGAAUGGAAACCUGCACAAAUCGAUAAUCCAGACUAUAAACCAGAUCCUGAGUUAUAUAUCCAAGAUGAUAUUGGUUAUGUUGGUUUUGACCUGUGGCAAGUUGAUUCAGGGUCUAUUUUUGACAAUAUAUUGAUUACCGACAGUGAAGAACUCGCCAAGCAAGAAGGCGAGCAACAUUGGCGGAAACGUUUUGACGCUGAAGUAGCUAAAGAUCAAGCAGCAGCAUCAUCUGAAAAGGAUUCAGAGGCGGAGAAGGCUAAAGCUCCAGUGGAAGAUGAUACCAAAGAAGAAGCUGAAGAUGCUGCUGAGAAGACAGACGGGGACGCGUCUAAGGAUCACGACGAAUUGUAAAGUGUUUUGUUUUCUGAGUUUUUUGGUGGUGAGAACAAUAUAUUAUGUUGUUUUUUUAUUAUUAUUAUUAAUAUUAUUGCUAGGAUCCCUUCCCCCAAAAUCUGUACAUUCAUUAUACUGCUUGAUUAAUAAUACAUUGUUCUGGUUAC